GGCGAGGGCGGCAAGCAGGAGCCCGGGCUCCGAAGAAGUCCGGAGAAGCCGCCUCAUGGUGCCGGUGCCGGUGUGGUCGCCGCGCGGGAGAGGAGGGGCGAGGAGACAGCUGCCCUGGAGCCUGGCUCCCCUGCUCCUGCUCCUGGCUCUGGGACACGCGUGGACCUACAGGGUGGAGCCCGAGGACGGAUCCAGAGAGAUCUGCUCUGAAAACAAGAUCGCGACCACCACCUACCCGUGCUUGAAACCUACCGGCGAGGUCACCACGUGUUUCAGGAAAAAAUGCUGCAAAGGUUAUAAAUUUGUCCUUGGACAGUGCAUUCCAGAAGACUACGACGUAUGUGCCGAGGCCCCUUGCGAACAACAGUGCACCGAUAACUUCGGCCGAGUCUUAUGCACCUGUUACCCUGGGUACCGCUACGACCGUGAGAGACACAGGAACAGAGAGAAGCCCUACUGCUUAGAUAUCGACGAAUGUGCCACCAGCAAUGAGACACUCUGCUCUCAGAUCUGCAUCAACACACUGGGAAGCUACAGAUGUGAGUGUCGAGAGGGCUACAUCCGUGAAGAGGAUGGAAAGACAUGCACCAAAGGAGAUAAAGGACAAGACGAGAAGGUUGAGAACGUAAUGAAGGCAGGAUCCUGCUGUGCCACGUGUAAGGAAUUUCACCAGAUCAAGCAGACAGUUCUCCAGCUGAAACAAAAGAUUGCACUGCUGCCAAACAGCGCUGUGGACCUCGAGAAGCAUAUCACCGGGGAUAAGGCCUUGGCAUCCAAUGCCUUUCUACCAGGACCUCCUGGGCAGCCAGGAGGCCAGGGACCUCCAGGAUCUCCUGGACCAAAAGGAAGUCCUGGAUUUCCUGGAUCUCCUGGGCCUCCAGGGCAGCCAGGACCCCGUGGAUCAAUGGGACCCAUCGGGCCAUCCCCUGAUCUCUCCCACAUCAAGCAGGGACGGAGAGGCCCUGUGGGUCCUCCAGGUGCUCCGGGAAGGGAUGGCUCCAAGGGAGAGAGAGGCGCUCCGGGACCAAAAGGGUCUCCUGGUCCCCCAGGCUCUUUUGACUUCCUGCUACUGAUGAUGGCUGACAUCAGAAAUGACAUCGCUGAGCUGCAGGAGAAGGUGUUCGGACACAGGACUCACUCAUCAGCAGAGGAGUUCCCAUUGCCCCAGGAAUUUUCCAACUAUCCUGAAACUAUAGACUUUGGCUCCGGAGAGGAUUACCAGAAAAGAGCUGCUGCAAAAGACUCAAGAGCACACAAAGACUUCUAUCCAUAACAAGGCCCAGGAACUUACUUUAAAAGAGGGGGUGGGGGUUACGGAAAGGUGUCUAUUCUAAAAUUAAACAUUGUAAAAUGUGCACUGGUAAUAGGAAGAAAAAAUAGAUGUCUAUUUUCUCCAUUUUCUUCAUUUGCUUUGUCCUCUUUCCCUUCUCCCUAAAUGCUGUUUUCAGAGCCGUGCACUAAAUGCAGUGGAGAGGGGAUCAGCUACCUUGGGUGUUUCCCAGCCUGAGCCAACCAGAUUUCUAUGUAUGGAAACUUCAACUGACUGUCUCAAAAGAAAUACAUUAAAUCCUUAGAGAUGAGAACUUUUAUGUUAGAGCCAAGCUGAAUGUCAAAAGGAA